AUGUCUAUCACAAGUCCACCACGUUCCUUGUUUCAACGAGACUCGGUUCUAGCAGCUAGUAUCGAAUCAAGGCUCAAUCCUACGCCUCCUCUUCGCGCAAGACAGACAGUUGGACAAGACGAUCUUUUGGUCGGUACAGGCUCAAGUCGCGGCGGGUCUGGGUCAUCAAUCAUCGUGCGGUCGAGCGCAGAAGACCGCGAUCUUCAAGAAAGGAACUUUUGGAAAACCCACAAAGGAACCCCAGAACUGCGAGAUACAGAUUUGUUGCAAGCAGAUCCUUUUCAGGACGUCGGGAAUCUGGCACCGCAGCUACUUUCUGCGUCACAUUUGGUUCGUCAUGCGUUCAACGACAUCCCAGAAAAUGCAUCGGGUGUGGCGCUUUUCACGACCGCACCUGUCAAGGUAACAAGGCAUCCCAAAAAGCCAAAUCUACAGGCACUAGGAAAGCGUGACAUUGUGAAGUCAUAUGCCGAUGACAGUCCCUUGUUCAUUCUGCCUGACCCUCGUGAGCGUCCCAAAUCUGAUAUUUGCAAGUUGCCUCUAUCGAGCUCUGACGAGGCUGCUCCCACUUAUGGCGUUGUUGAAUACCACACCUCUCUGAACUCAGAUGCACCGAGUACUUACUCCUCGUGGUGUAGUAAAGACGACCAGGUGCUUCACUCUCUUCUCGAAAAUAGCAUAAGCAACAGGGAUAUCACAAAAGCCGCUGAAAAAGCAGAAUCGCAUGCUGUCCUACACAGGAGCGACGAGGUAAAUCCCGCAGUGUCGCAGCUGCAUGGCCAGAUGUCUCUGAAGCCUCAGCAAGAUUUGGACGAAACCUCAACGGCAAUCGUGCCAGAUCGUAGUGGAACCUCUAUGCCCAUACGCAAUGGUUCCAUAGCGAAAAGUGUUACUACGAAUUUGUCUGCUGUCGCCGAAAGCAACCACUGGUUAGCUGACCAAGAGCUAACGUCGCAGCCACAUCGGCGCCGUAGUGAAGGAUCAGGUAACGAAUCAUCAUCACACCCAUUUACUACGACAAAGCUCUCUGCACCUGUUCGACACGACACAGAAACCAAUACAUCUGCCUUGCUGCAGAUCUCUUUUAGCGUGCUGAGUGACGAAUUACAACGAGCUUUCGUGCGUAUACCACGCAAUAAUCUUCGAGAUCGCAUUCUCUUCGCAAAGGAACACGUGACGAUGUUGAGGACAGAAAACAUCUAUGAACUUCGAGUACAACUCUAUGCACAAUGCUUAGCUUUCGCGCGCGAAGGACAAAUCGUGGCUGCAGAGCAAUGUAUGCAGUGCUUGACAAUCGCACAGACCUGCAAAGACCUGAAGAGGGACGAAUUGGGACAGCAUCUGGAGGACUUGCUCAAAGAUUUCUCACGUGCUCGAAUUGAGUUUGACAAACUGAUGAAUGCAUUGAGAGCAGCGAUGCGAGCAAUCUCUGAUGGGCGUGGUAACACCACACCGCCUGCUCCCCAGAUUCGAGAAGCGAACCCGACAACCGAAAACGUCCCUGCGCAAGAUCUUAUUAGCCAAGCCGAACAUGCCCCUCCACGUCCAGAUCCAAUCCCUGGAACGUCCGCGGAUAACCAAAGUUUGCGACCGCCAGAUCAGACAACUCAUGAAACGGAUACUCGUGAUCUAGUGAAGAUCAAUGUCACGAGUACUAAAGUAGAGUCACAAGUUUGUGACUCCAAAUAUCUCAUGAAAUUUCUUGCGUUUGACGACAACCAGUACGAUAGCAUCGCUUCUUUCUGUGACAACACGCCUGCCAUCUGGGAAGAGGAUACAGAUAUUCUUCAGUCUAUGAUACAUCACUACUUGCGUAAGGAAGAUUUUUCAAAAGCUCGUCGAGUGGCUCAGAGGCUCCUAAUGCUGAGUUUCAAGUGGAGGAAGUCAGCAACUCCAAUCGAUCAGCUCAACUGGUUAAGGAGCCUUUCGCGCAGUAGAGAGCUACGAGAACAACUGGAUCGGAGCGCUGGUACAGUACUGGAAAACAUGCAGGCGCAAGCCUCACGAACAUCCACACAGCAGCAGACUCGUCGUGAACGCCGUGACAAUGCGGCUCUGCCGAUCCGCAGACCUGCAGCGUCAAUCCGCGCACCGAGUCACUCCAGUGAGAACGUUGAGAUAGACUCCGACAUGAUGCUGUUGGGAUCCAUACCAGAAGGUAGACAGCCUCCAAAUAGGCCACGAGGCUCGUUCGUUUCAUCUAAGGACAAUGACGACAGCUAUGAGAUCGCCUCCAUAGCCUCUUCGUCGGAACGCACGCGAAAUAGGAGCCUUUCACAGCUUUCUGACAUAGACUCUGUUGCUGGUGGCAGGAAACCAUUGGGCCCACAGUCUCCCGUUACCCAGUUCAUGGGUCCGUCUACCAUUGUAGAUGGGAACUGGCCGAAAGAGGUCAGAAAACCUCUUCGUUCAACAUACAAGGUUCAUUAUGGCAUCGACGAGCUUGAGAGGACCUUUGCGAAAGGAAGCCUUUUUGCAGUUUUCUGGCAUGAGAACCAUGGCCGUAACCCUCAGAAGGCCGGUGUGCUGAAUGAGCCCAUACCAGUAAAGCCAAAUAGCAAAGGCUACGUUACACAUGUCGCGAACAGCGAGACAGUUUACAGCCAUAUUCGCCGCUUCGUGGUUGUGCGGGCAAGGAAAGGGUUUUGCGUUGCAUUGCCUAUCACGUCUUACUCUAAUCGGGGAGUGUCGGCCAAGAACAUUGAGAACCGAGAGCACAACUCUCAUUGCAUCAUCCAUGACAGUGCGCGUUCACCGGUGCUCAUGCCCAACGAAGCACCUUUCACCAAGGAUCCUGUCGCAGUCAACAUGAUCAAAGGAGAAACGUUGUCGGCGAGCAGUCGUCUUUGCUAUUCUAAACCAUGCUCUAUCGACCACAAUAUUAAGGCGAGGUAUAUCGGGCGUGUUGUUGACGAGCACGUCAAUCAGGUGCUGCGUGAUUACCGAGUAGAGCACAUUGACGACGAUUAG